AUGGCGAGACAUGAUGAUACCCCGCGAAGCGAUGACUUUCCCGAUGAUGAUAACUCUGAUUUGGGUGACUUUGUAACUACGGAGAGGGAAGAGUCUGAUGUUAAUGAGAGCUCCGAGGAGGGCUGGAAAUAUGACAAGGAGAUGUCGAGAGUCUUCUAUCCAGUCUGCAUAGGAGAAAUUCUCAACGACAGAUACCGCAUCGACCAUAAACUCGGACACGGCGGCUUCUCUACCGUCUGGUUAGCUUACGACCUUGAAAAGAAGACGGACGUGGCUCUUAAAGUCACAGACUCGAGCGAGAUAGGCAAAUAUGAAGCUCAGAUACACGAAAAGAUCAUUCGGCGUGUCAAGGACACUUCCCAUAUUCUCACAUACCUGAGGACCUUUUCGCUCCAGGGCGAAGGGUCUAAUCGCCACCAAGUUUUGGUUUUCCCUUGGGUUGGGGAAUGUCUCUUUGACCUUAAGAUCUGGAAAAUGACAAUGGCUUCACGUAUGUUAGCUGCCAGGCAUUUGCUUGAGGCUCUUAAUAGUCUACAUAGCGCUGGGAUUGUGCAUCGGGAUGUGACUGGCUAUAACUGCUUCCAAGGCAUUGCUCCGUUAGAAAACCAUACCAGGAAGUACAAGUAUGAACGACUUGGUCGCCCUCUUAAGCUGUCUAUUGAGAAAUGGCUUGAAGAGAACAUUUGGAAACCAGGUCAGUUGGUUGCGCCGGUAAAGAUUCCAGAGGACCUACAGGAAGACAUCUUCUAUCUUGGAGACUUUAGCCUCGCUAUAAAUGUUGGUGAACGAGUAACCCCUGAGCGCGAAGGCCGGCCACCCGUGGAUUAUUGCUCUCCGGAACGGCUUCAUGGCUUUCCACCCAGCACAGCCUGCGAUAUGUGGAGUUACAUGUGUGUAUUCUCGGAGUUCUAUUUGGGUUUCCGCGUUAUCGGAAAGGGUUUGGGGGAUGGUAUUAUUCCAGCUAUGGUUGAAAGUCUUGGCCCACUUCCCGCUGAGUGGAAGGGGCGUCUUUUCUGGGAAUAUGAAGACCAAUGGUAUGAUCAAAAUAUAGAGCCAAAUCCUCAACGCCCCUUCGAAGACAGAAUAAAACGUUUGCGUCCCGACAUUGACCAAGCUGAACUUGAACUUGUCUCCUCAUUGUUCCGCCGGGGAUUCCGCUUGGAACCAGAGAAACGUCCAACAGCGGCUGAACUUCUGCAGGACCCGUCAUUCAAAGCUCUGAUGGACAGAUAUACUUGA